AUGAUCAAAUGCCCCGUUCUCACUUUUUCACCUUAUCUUUUGGUGAGCCAAGGACCCCCCUCCCCUCUAAUGAAUGAUUUACGUCAACGGGCCUUAAGAUGCAGAGCACAACUUACAGAGCGACUACAGCCGUAUACGGAAAAGUUGGAUGGUGCACUUCAGACAGGUUUUGAUAUUUCGCUUCGCACACUUAAGAGAGCCUUUAUGAUACUAACAGCGGUGGGAGCUGCGCUCCUCAUUCUGCUCAUUGUAUUGUUAGUGUGCCUGGUGGCGUCAGUUCUCGGCUCGCUGUUCAUCCGGUGGUAUGUUCUGUUGCUAGCACCUGGCACUGAGCUCUUUACACUGAGCUUCAACACAAUGCCCCUUGAAACGGAGCAAUGGAGACUCCACAAACUCAACAAUAUGGUUUCCCAGCUCGAGCCCACAAGGGAAUCGCCUUUGCUACAUAGAGGUGACGAAAAUAGCACCGCGUCAUUGGUCGGUUUGGGUGGAGGGGUAAAUGCAAAUCUCGUGUCGGUGCUUCAAAACGAAGCCGCUGGGUUGAAAAUGUCAUUGAUAACAAAACUAGUUCGUAAUACAGUCGCAACCAGUACGCUAGUUAUUCCGUCCCGUGUAUAUAGGCAAGUGUUCCUUCCACAUGGUGGUGUUUCUGUAGAGGGGCUCUUUAAACAGCGCAAACCCAUGUUUAAUGCCCGUGGCGUGUACGCGGCAAAAAUGCAGCUGGUAUUCGCAAAGGAGGAUAUUGGACGGGAGGUGUCUAUGUUUCUUGAAUCAUCAAUGCUGAUGGCAAAGGACCCUUAUAUAUCACAGUCCCUUGGCGCUUUGGAUGUUCUCUUCAAGAUGGACUCGUCAUUCACGUUGAUAACAGGUGAAAAGCCCCGCAGUUGGCCAGUGGAGCUAUUCAUGUGGUCAGUUUCUAAGUUUCUUUGUGUUCCUAUCUGGUGUUACCAAAAGUUAGCACCUCUGCUGAAUCCUGAUGUCUUUCCUAUGUUUGAUCCGGAGACUGAAGUUGCCGUUGUGACCCCGGUAUACAGUGAUUUUGAACCACCGUUGUACCUGCAGCCACACCUUCGCGCAAUAAAUUUUACUUUAUACCAAAGUGAAGAGGGCCUUCAACCCAAAGUGCGUCUGAGGCGCUUGCACCUCCAUACGAGUGUGGAGCUGUCUGGACUGGCUUAUUACUUCUCCAACUACGCCGUCAGCUCCUUUGUGGGCGCCGCCGUCUUACUGCAAGUAUUGCUUGGGGGCGCCGCGCUGGUUGCCCUGGUGUUCGUUUUUAUCGUGGGGAGAAGUUGGGGAGCGGAGCUAAUGCAACUAAAUGGAGAUGCGCCCGAUGAUGAAGGGUAUUGA